AUGAUACCUAUUCUAGAAGACUUCUUUCCCCCAACAACAGAGGAUGUACAAGGAGAAGAUGAACAACCAACCACAAACCCUCAGUUUGAUGACUUAUUUGAGGAAAUUGAAGCUGAAUUGUAUCCCGGUUGUGAUUGGAUUUCGUCUCUCAACUUUUUAGCAAAGCUAUUGCAUUUAAAAGUUAGGGGAAAAAUUCCUAAUAACAUCUUUGAAGAAUUAUUGAAGCUUUUAAAGUUUGCGUUUCCGAAGGAAAAUAAUAUUCCAUCAACUUACUACGAGGCAAAAAAGAGAUUGAAGAAAUUAGGCUUGGGUUAUGAUAAUAUCGAUGUCUGUUUGUAUAAUUGUUGCUUAUUUUAUAAGGAGAAUGCAUCCAAGGAGGCUUGUCCAGUUUGCGGAACUAGUCGUUGGGUUACUUCCGAGAACGGGAAAGGAAAAAAAGUUCCUUGCAAAGUCAUGCGAUACUUUCCGUUGACACCUCGACUUAAAAGAUUAUAUAGUUCGAGGAUUACAGCGAAAAGCAUGAUAUGGCAUCAUACUGGAAAAUCAAAAGAUGAUGGGGUGUUGCGACACCCGGUCGAUGGUUUAGCUUGGAAAGACUUUGAUGCAAAACAUCCCGAGUUUGCAAGGGACCCAAGAAAUGUUCGACUUGGGUUAGCUGCUGAUGGAUUUAAUCCAUUUGGCAACAUGAGUCUUGCAUACAGCAUGUGGCCAGUGGUGGUAGCUAACUAUAAUCUACCACCUUGGUUAUGUAUGAAAGAUAAUUAUUUUUUGCUAUCUACCCUAAUUCCUGGUGCAAAAUCUCCAGGUAAAGACAUGGAUAUAUUUUUAAGACCUUUGGUGGAUGAAUUAAAGGAGUUGUGGAAUAAUGGGGUAGCAACGAGAGAUAGUUCGACCAACUCGAUGUUCACCAUGCGUGCUGCGCUUUUGUGGACAGUGAAUGAUUUUCCUGCUCGUAGUAGCUUGUCUGGGUGGAGUGGUCAAGGUUAUAAAGCUUGCCCUACUUGUAAUGAAGACACGACGUCCAUUCGAGUGAUCGGGAAGACAUCAUAUGUUGGUCAUCGAAGGUUCUUGCCAAGUAACCAUGCAAUGAGAAGGGAUACUCGAUUUGAUGGUAAAGUUGAAAGAAGACCUCCUCCAAGACGAUUUACUUGUGAAGAAAUAUUAUCACAAGUUAAUGCUCUCGAACCCCAAAUUCCCGGACAUCAUGAAAAUUUUGGGGGCGUGAAACGUAGAAGAGUUGCAGAAAAUUGUAAUUAG